AAAAGAACGCCAUUUCUGCGGUGCGUUGCGGCCGAACCCUUAAUUCCAAAUCGGUGCCUGCUGAACCCAUAACGAGUUUGUCCUCGGGCGCCAAAAGAAACAAAAGCAAAUUUGGUUUCAAAUCCGUCUCGCUUGCUCGCUGGCUUUGAAGAAGAAGAGCUCAAGCAUUCAUGCAUGGCGGCCUCAUCGCCAGCCAUAACCCAUAACACUCCCGCUACCACCGCGGCUAACAGCUCGGCUCACCGUACGGACACGCCGCCUAAGACCCUGCGCGGGCUCAACAAGCCUAAAUGUCAGAUAUGUGGCAAUGUUGCUCGCUCCAGGUGUCCAUUCAAGUCAUGCAAGAGUUGCUGUUCGAGAGAUCAAAACCCUUGUCCCAUUCAUGUUUUGAAAGCACAUGCAACUGUCCCAGACAAGACACCGGGUUCUAGCACUCCUAUGUUUGACCAGCAGGCAACUGAGGCAUCUCCCUCAGGGUCUUCACUUAGAGUUGCAUCACUUCGGCAACUUUCCAACAAUUUUGCCCAGUUUAAUAAUGUGCAAAUUCCACUACGAUCAAGAAAGCCAUUGACUAGAAAGGAUGCUGCAGCGAUUAAUGAAUGGAGAUUUUCCAAGUUAAAGGAAUACAAGGACAGAAACAUCGAAGUGGAGGAUGAAGCUUUUGACCGAUACAUGCAGAAUAUUAGUUUACUUGAAGAAGUAUUUUUGGUGAAAUCUAUUGUUGAAGGGUCCAUUGAGGACGAGUCCUCAGUUUCAAAUCCCAACGCUACUGCCUUGGAGGCCAACACUGAGAUGUUGGUCUCAGGACUGAAGUUGCGGCUAAGAUCAAACUCAAAAAGAGCUGAUAACUUCAAACAGAGGAUACAACAAAUUGUUGAUCAGGGAUUAAAGAAGCUUCAGAAGCCUGAUUUGAAUGAUGGCAUUAAUGAACCAAGUGACCAAGAUGAACCUAAGGAAGGACCUAAAAAGGCCAAAAUUGGGAAGACAGAGAAGGCUUCGGCCAUGAGUGAUCUGAUUGAUAAGUUGAACAAAGCUCGGAAUGGGGAGGAUCUUAAGUCUUGCUUGGAGAUGAAAUUACAGCUCUUUAAUCAGGACACAAUCUCUAGUAAAAAAGAAAUCAAAGAUGCAGCCCCGAAGGACCAGAUUCCUAAACUUGAUUCAGAACCCAUAAAGGAGUUGCCUUAUUCUUUGAAAAAAUUGAUUAGCACCACAGAAAUUGAUGAAGAAACUCUCAACAGGAUUGAUGCACAUUUCUCUUCCCUUGAGCAGAUACAUCUUCUAUGAUUUUUGGAUGGAAUUUUCAAUUGGGGAUAUACCUAAAGUUAGCUUGUCUAUAGGAUUAAAUGUCUUAAGGUGAUUAUGAAAUACUGUACUCUGUUGUAACAUUAGUGAUUUUUGUUUCCAAAAA